UGUAUUUUCAGCAUUCCUGUUGUAGCUUAUGCAGUAAGCUAAAUAAAGUACCAAGAAAAAAACCCCUUGGACCUUGAUUAAGGCUGCUGAUUACAUGGGUAUCUCAGGGAAAAAAAAAAAAUAAAGGAUGAAAAAGAAGCAAAGAGGGCACUGAAAAUGGGAAGCCUGGUACCCAGCUUUUAUGGGCUAUGUACAAUAACCCAGGACCUGGUUCCCAGUUGGGCAGUAAGCUUCCUUUGUUGUGAAGGGUGUAACUAUGAAUCUGAAGUUUUUUCCCAAAGCUCCUCUUUCCUGAUUUAUAUCUGCCCUUAUUGUUAUCUGUUAUGUUCACAUGGUUGGGUUUUUUCUUUUGUUAUUUUGUUUUCCUUCCUUGUUUUCAAAGAAUAGCUUAUCUGUGUGCCCCAGAAGGGUGGGACUCACAGCGAUCACGGGCUUUUUGCAGUGAGCCAAGGCCAGCCUGCUGACUACAGGAAAAUGUGCUGAGGGUUUGAGCCAUGAGUGCCACAUGGGCUUUGCAAAAGGCAGUGAUUGCACUGGUGGGGCUCACCUGGGUCUGGAGAGGCUGCUUCCACCGCCGGGAGACAAGAGAGCAUCACCUCAUCCUGGAAAAUACUGCUUGUGUUCUCUGCUGUGCUUCUCUGCUGUCCUGCGCUGGGAACCACAGGGGCAGGAGGACACAGAGCUGUUUCUGGACACUUGGGCUGUGUGUACUCAGUGAUGAGAGCUCCAGAGCUGGGGAUGAGCCUGGAGCUGAGCUCUGCUGGGAUGUGACCUGGGACUGCUCUCUUAAAGCCUUGUCACUCUGCAGCUGUGUUUAUAAAAAGACUGGACAUGGCACUUAGUGCUGUAGUCUAGUUGAGGUGUUAAGGCAUAGGCUGGACUUGAUGAUCUUAGAGGUCUCUUCCAACCUCAUUAUUCUGUGAUUCUGUGAUUCUGCGUGUUCCCUGUGCUCACCCACGUGUUUCCUCAGGUUACUGCAAAGCCUGUAGGGGUCUGAACUCGUUCUGGCCAAGGCUCAGAGUACACCCUCGUGUCCUUGAGGCAAAGAGUAGAAGGCAGGCAUCAAUUUGUCUGUUUUAAUUUUUUGCCAGGAGUCUUUGCAAUGGAUGAUGGAGCAGAGUCUCUGAUGACUGUGCAUCUCCUCACCCAUUUGGGACACUCAUUUCCCCUGCAGCAAACUCUGGACCGGCUUUUGGAGUGGCUCUGCCUGGACAUUCGCCUUUUCCUGGUGUCUGAGCGGAUUCCCCCACGGAAAUACUAUGAGAGGCACCGCAGGAGGAGCUGCAGCUUCCCCGGAAUAUCCGUCGUCCUUUUUCUGCGUGAGGACUUGGGAGAGGAACGGGUUUUCCAGGUGCACGAGCUGUUCCAGCGCCCUCCCUGGCGGUUCCAGUGUGCCCAGUUUGCCCAUGGGCACAGCCCCCCGUGUGCCCCAUGCCACCAGGACUUCUACGGCCUGGACGAGCAGCUGCCCGUGUGGGGCAUCAGGCGGGUGCACCGCGGCCCCGAAAUCCUGCGGGUCACGCUCCACUGCAGCUUCGAGAACUACGAGGACGCGGUGAGGCUCUACGAGCUGAUCCUGCAGAGGGAGGCCACCCUGCAGAGGAGCACCUCCAGUGUCUUUGUGCUGCACGCCACCCGCGAUGCAGCAGUGCAGCUGUGCCUGCAGCAGCUGCCCUGCGGCGUGGCAGCACAGCCCCGCGACGCCGCAGCCCUGCAGUUCAAGGUGCAAGAAAUGGGGCAGCUGGUGCCCCUCCUGCCCAACCCCUGCGUCCCCAUCAGCAGCACCAGGUGGCAAACACAGGACUAUGAGGGAAACACAAUUCUGCUCAAGGUUCAGAGCAGCUCCAGGACCCUCGAAAGAAACAUCGGGCUUUCCCAGCAGCAUACCAAUACAGGCGGUGGGAGGAUCCCGCAGGACUGUACGCCAGCCCCUGUCCCUGUAAAACAGGGCAUUGCUGGGCGGAGAAGCCAGGAGAUCAGAGCGCUGGAGGGAAAAGCAGAGUCCGGAGCAGCCGCAGCCUGUGAGCGGGGCAGCAGUGACCUCCAGAGGCUCCGGCGCUCUCCUGGGCUGCAGGCUCCUGUCCCGGACACCCGCGGGCACCGGGCAGCCCGCACCGACCCGGACAUCGGGCUGGCCCUGGGGACUCCCGGGAGCGCCCGCUGCCCGCUGAGCCACUUCCCCAGGGCCCUGCGGAGCAGCCUCCUGCCGCCGGCAGCGCCCGGGGCCGGCCCUGCCCAGGCCGGCUCUGCCCUGCCCGGCCCUGCUCUGCCCGGUUCUGUCCUGCCCGGUUCUGCCCCUCCCGGCUCUGCCCUGCCCGGCUCUGCCCUGCCCGGCUCUGCUCAGCCCGGCUCUGCUCUGCCCGGCUCUGCGCAGCCCGGCUCUGCCCUGCCCGGCUCUGCCCGGCCCGGCUCUGCUCGGCCCGGCUCUGCUCAGCCCGGCUCUGCUCUGCCCGGCUCUGCCCUGCCCGGCCCUGCCCGGCCCAGUUCUGCCCAGCCCGGCCCUGCUCAGCCCGGCUCUGUCCAGCCCGGCUCUGCCCAGCCCGCCCGGCUGCGGGGCAGGAGCAGCGCGGCGGCGCCCGGAGCUCCGCAAACCCCGCGGGCCGGCCCUGCACACCCGGCAGAGGCCGAGGAGCAGGAAUUCUUUAUAUGACUGAAAUCAAACGUGCCAUCCUUCCCAAAGGACAGCGCCGCGCUUUUGGGUGUGCGGUGACUGCUGCCUCUGUAGCUGUCACACCCCACUAGGGGUCACUGAGGCAGACACUGAAUUUCCGCGGAAGGAUGCUAAGGAGGCUGCAGGAAUCCUAACACUGUAUUUACAGAAAGUUGUUGUUUUGUUUUUUGUUUUUUGGGGUUUUUUAAAUGCACAAUAGGUGAGCAAUAUGUUGUGCAUUGAAUAGGAAUGAGCCAUAUGACUCCUACAGCUGUUCUAAGAUGCUAAAAAAAUGGACAGUGACCUCUUCAGAUGUGUUUUGCAGGUGCAGCAGCCUGAGCUGCCCAAGCAGCUGGAUGCCCCCAGCCGUGGGGACUCACUAUCCCUUGCCAGGACACACUAGAACAAGGUCAUGGCACAGUCACAGUGGUUAUGCUGGUUUUCCUUUGUGCUCCUUCUUGCUUCUCCUGUGGUUGGUGUUUAAAAUCUAUCAGUGUUGUAAAUUUUAUGCAAGAUUUGAAACAUAAGAAUAUCCUUUUAAAUAUUUCUCAAGAAAAAUAUUUCUAGCAAGACCCUUUUCCCAACUCAGCACAGUACAUGCAAAAACCACACACUUGAAGAGAAGUGCCAGUAAAACCUUGCUGUUUCCUAUUUAUGUGACACUUAAAAUAAACACAGCAACAGGCCAGGCUUUGUUAAACCAGUGUGCAAUUAGCAGGCAAUCCUAGCUGGGUUUUAAUUAACAGAAGACAAGAGCAGUUAAGAGUCUUGGAGGGAGUUGCUAAAUCCUCCAGAGUAAAAAGGACAGGAGAAAUGAAGUCAUGAUUCAGCAUCAACAGAUGCUGAAAUAACUCCCAUCUUGAUCAGUUUUCUUUCUCAAGUAGGAUUAAAUAAAUCUCAGAGGGAAAGAGAUGGGGAGAAUAUGAAGGAGGAGUGAAAUUAUUCAAAGCCACAUGUGAUCAUACUUACCUUCCAAACAGUACAACAAAGAGGUAUUUUCUCCCUUAGAUAUAUCUGAAUUCUGGAGGGGAUAUAGGGAAGUCCCAGCUGGUGCUGCCCUGCCAGGGGAUGCUCAUGAACCCUUCAAUUUGGGGACCAAAACCUUCAGAACAGGACACUUCAUUCACUGGACACUUCCAAACCUCCCCCAGGUUUUCACGAGCUCCACAAACGUGGUGGACUUUCUAACGAAUCCUCCUGUGAUAUAUCUACAAGGAUGGUUAUUUAAUCUUUGCUAGCACUGGAAACUCAGCAGGGCUUUUCAGAGCUGGAGAAGGUGUGUGGUCAGUAGGGGAGCAGGCAGGAGGAGCUCCCCGUGGUGUGGGUGAGGAGGGGCUGAGAGCAGGGCAGUGCUCUCUGAACUCGAGCUUACAGACCUGCAGUGGGCGUGGCGGGAUAACCAUGAACUUGGGAAUAAAGGCAGGAGUGGGGUUCCUGGGAGAAACAGCUUCAAAGAGAGAUCUCAUGGCUUUCUCUCUACUCUCUCACGCCAAAGGUACCUGAGUGUGAUUAUUCAGCAUAAUCUUAUUUUACCUAAAAGAAAGAAGCAGAAGGUCAGUAUCUAGCAUGGGGGGAAAUGCUUCAUCAUUAGGGGAAAAAAAGGGGGGGACAAUUUCACCUGCCUGCAACAGAUCAUGGAAAAGGGCUUCGAGUCAAAGGAAAAUGGCUCUGAAAAUACUGAUUUUAACAGCGAGCAUGGAAAAUCCAUGUGCUUUAAGUUCAGGAUAUAUCUAGUACAAAUUCUAUAUUACACAGGUAGGUGUGCAAGGUGUGUUGCGUGAGAGGGCAUCUAUGGGCAGAUUCAGUAGUGGAAGGCAAAGAUUCACAUUUUCCAGAUUAUCCAUAUCUUUGCACCCUCUAUUUUAUACUUCUUCUUUGCUCACUGUGCCAUUUCUUUCAGACUUUUCAAAAUAAGUCUAAUAAGGAGCAAGGGUCUGCUGUUUCCCAAACACCCUGAGAGGAGCACCCAGAGAGAAUGGAAGCAUGAGGUGUGUGGGGCUGGCAAGGCUGGCAGCGAGCUCAGCCAGGGCUUCCCAUCCCAUUGCUGGUCCCAGCAAAGCACACUGGGGAAAACAGCCUUGGGGGAAACUGGAGAGGGAUUUUGACAAGUUCUGCUUAGAGGAUCAUGGCAUCACAGCACUGACUGAAGGGGAAUGCAGUGGGAUUCUUACCUUUGGUGUGUGUGGAGCUUGGUGUACAGGAUUCACUCUGGUGGGAAUGGCUCUGCCCUGGCUGUGACCAUUGGGGUAAUGGUGCUGUGGGUACUGAGCUGCUGAUCCCUUUGAUGGACAGCAGCCAAAAUGGUCAGCACUGGUUAAAACCCUCUAAGCAAGAUUUUAAUUUUG